AUGGUCUGGGGGCCCCCCUCAGCAGCAGCUGCAAGCCACCUCGGCUCAUUGCGUCUGCAGCCUCUUCAGGGGCCCCUCUGGGCUUCUCUCUCCCCCCGCUGUUUCAUAUUCUCUACACCAGGGGGCCCCACUAAACGCCUCUCGGGGGGCCCCCCGGGCCCCCUGGGGGGCCCCUCUACGGGCCCCUCUACGGGCCCAGUGGGGCCCCUGGGGGGCCCCUCAAAGGGUCCCUUGGGCCCCCUGGGUGGCCCCUGUAGGGGCCCCUCUAAGGACCCCUCUAGGGGCCUCUCUAGGGGCCUCUCUGGGGGCCCCUCUGGGGGCCCCUUUAAGGGGUUUAUCCCCAUGAAGGGGCCCCUUGGGGGCCCCGUCUGCCUCCACUUGGGGCCUUACAGAGACAGCAUGAGAACUAAGAGGAGAGUUUUUACUACGGAUUCGAAGACGCAAGGGCAGGGGGUAUUAGAAGCACAAAAAAGAGCAGCUGCUGCUCCUUCUGCUGCUGCUGCUGCAGACAGCAAGCAGCAGCAGCUGCCGAAGCAGGCUUCGUCCUCCACUGACCCUCCUGCUGCUCGUGCAGCUGCGCCAGGGUCCUCAGCAGCAGCAGAAACAGCAGCAGCAGCAGCAGCAGGAAAGGGAGGAGGGGCCCCAACGAAAGGCAGAGCGAAGCGUCGCUUCAAAUACCUAGCAGCAGCAGCUGCUGCUGCUGCUACAGCUGUCGCUGCUGCUGCUGCACUUGAAGACACGCAGCAGCAACACAACCCAAUCACAAACAGAAUUCUUACAAGUCCAGCAGCAGCAGCAACAGCAGCAGCAGAGGCAUGGAACCAUACAAAAGCAGCAGCAAGUGCAGCAGCAGCAGAUGCAGCAGCAGCAGCAGAUGCAGCAGCAACAAUUGCAAUAGUAGCAGAUGCAGCAGCAGCAGCAGAUGCAGCAGCAGCAGGACGGAGAGCAGCAAUCGAAGCAGAGAAAGCAGCAGAAGCAGCAGAGGCAAACGCAGCAGCAGCAGCAGCAGCAGCAGCAGCAGCAGCAGCAGCAGCAGAACACGAAGAUGAAGCCGCAUCAGUGGAGGAUGUAGCAGCAGCAGCGCAUGCAACAGAAGCAGCAACAGAGGCUGCAGCAGCAUCAGCAACAGCAGCAACGGAUGCAGCAGCAGCAGCAGCAGCAGAGAAGGCUCCUCUAGAAACGAAGGGCCAGGCUCUGCGUAGGGCCCUCCACGAGUACGAAGAACGACGGCUGCACGAGCAGCAGCAGCAGCAGCAGCAGCAGCAGGGCGAGGAUGAACAGGAGCAACAGCAGCAGGAAUACGAACACGAACAGCAGAAACAGCAACAGAAGGAGCAGCAGCAGCACGAGGAGCAGCCGCAGGGGGAAGAUGGGGAAGAAGCUGCGUCAAGCACAGCAGCAGCAGCAGCAGCAGCAGCAGCAGCAGCAGCGACAGCAGCAACAGCAGCAGUAGCAGCAGAAGCAGGUGAAGCAGCUUUGUCUUCUGCAGCAAGCCCUGAGGAGUUGAAGGAGUUUGAGGGUUUGUCUGCUGAAGGCAUUCAUGAGAGAGCUGUGCAGCAGCUUUUACUUUUAAAUAAAUUAAUAAAAGAUAAAGAAGAAAAAGACAAAGACAAAGAAAAAGAAAUUGCUGCUCUCAAGCAAACACUCACUCUCAAAGCGAAGGCUGCGGUGUCUCUAGUAGAGGCACGUAGUUUAGAGUUGUUUAAUCAGCAGCAGCAAAUGAAGGAGUGGGGUGCAGAGACAGAAGAAAAAAUUCAUUUGUUAGAAGAGAAGGUUGAUGACAUGCAGCAGGCGUUUGGGGGUCUUGUUAGUCGUCUUAAUGGCGCUUUACUUUCUUCUCGUCUGGGCGCUGCGCUGUCUUCUCUAAACUCUGCGGUGUAUAGGCAGCUUCCUGUGGGGCCUUCAUUGAGAGAACUUCAAGAGGAAGAACUGCAGAAAGUUGUCGAUCGCACGGACCUUGCAGCGGCAUUGGGGUGUAUUGACAGCCUAGAAGGAGCUCCGCGGAGGGAGGUUGAGGCAGAAAUAAAAAAACUAAAAAGAAGUUUAACUGUCUACCGAGCUGUCGAUACACUCCAAGCUCGCCUAGACUGUAUGAACGCCCAGCUGGCGCUCUAA